CAGCAGGUUAUAGUAGCUUAAUUAGCUGAGCUGGUAGGCCAUGGCUGAGCGGGAGGGAGCCGUGGUGAAGAAGGGGCACGAGGAGGGCAUGAAGAUGGCCGCAGCGCUGCUGGAGGAGUUCGGGUUGCCGCUCGGGCUGCUGCCGCUGGCGGAGGUGGUCGAGGUCGGGUUCGUGCGGCCCACCGGCUACAUGUGGAUCGCGCAGCGGAAGAAGGUGGAGCACCAGUUCAAGAUGGUGAGCAAGCAGGUGAGCUACGACGUGGAGAUCACCGGGUACGUGAAGGACAGGUGCAUCAAGAAGCUCAAGGGCGUCAAGGCCAAGGAGCUCAUGCUGUGGCCGCCGGUGAAUGAGAUCACCGUCGACCUACCGGCCACCGGCAAGAUCCAUUUCAAGAGCCUCGCCGGCGUCACCAAGACCUUCCCCGUCGAGGCCUUCGGUGCGGGUCAGUAGGGACUUGGGACUGCGCAGCGUUACAUGACUAUACAUCCAGUCAACAUGCACUGCUCGGCUAUGCUAAUUGCCGAUUGUGUGGUUCAUAAAAAUGGUGAUAAUGCGUGACACGUGAUUUUGAGCUUAUCGGCAACUGAUAUAUCAGAAAUUAUUAAAUACACACCGAAUUCUGCACCAUUCACCAAUGCGC